UCAAACUUGUGGUUUCCACUCUACGUGUUAUGUAUUACAUGUUCGUAGCGAUCAUGUCAGUUUCGAUGCGUGCCGACGUGAUAGGUUAUAUUUUUGCCGCUGAGAUUUAUCUUCGAGCAUUGUAAAUAAUCAUAAAUUAGUGUAUAAAGCGUAGAUAUACGGGUGCAGCGUGAUAUCAGUAAGUUGCUGUUAUGUUGUUCUAUUCCUUCUUUAAGUCCUUGGUUGGCAAGGACGUGGUCGUCGAGUUGAAGAAUGAUCUUAGCAUUUGCGGCAUAUUACACUCCGUCGACCAGUACCUGAACAUAAAACUAACUGAUAUCACUGUAAUGGAACAGGAGAAAUAUCCUCACAUGUUAUCAGUAAAGAACUGCUUUAUUCGUGGGUCCGUGGUACGAUACGUGCAGCUUCCAGUGGACGAAGUAGAUACACAGCUCUUGGCGGAUGCAGCACGUAGAGAAGCAAUGAACGCUCAAGCGAGAUAGCUUGUAACUAUGUUAAAAGCAUUGCUUAUAACGAUAUAUUUAAUGCAUCCAUUUUAUUCCUUACGUAUCCUAUAUUUAAUAUAAAACUAAAACCAAAAUGUGUAUAAAAUAACUUCUCCAUGAUUCAUGACAAUUGUUGGCAAUAACAUCAUUUAUUAUUAUAAAUCUUUAUUGAACAUAAAAACUUUGUAAUAUUCUACACAUAAAAACUUUGUAAC